AUGUUCCCCACCCGCUGCCUGACCCACGGACUGACCCACGGAGCAACCUAUGGAGUGACCCACAGCCUGACCCACGCCCUGCCCCGUGGCAUGACCAACCGCCUGACCCAUGCAGCGACCCACAGACUGACCCAUGGAGUGACCCACAGUGCGACCCAUCGCUUGCCCCACAGCCUGACCCAUUACUUGCCCCACAGCAUGACCCAUGGCCAGCCCCUCUGCCUGCCCCAGGGCAUGACCCACAGCCAGCCCCGCCGCCUGACCCACAGCCUGACCCAUCGCCUGCCCCACGGCAUGACCCAUGGCCAGCCGCUCCCCCUGCCCCACAGCCUUCCCCCCCACAUGCCCCCGCGGCAGGGGCUGCAUGGCGGGGGCCGUCCGGGUCAGGGGCUGCCACUGUGGCAGCGCCUGGGGGUGGCGGCGCUGGUGGCAGGGGCGGCGGGGGGGCUGUGGCUGUGGCUGCGGGCGGAGAAGGGGCGGCAGCGGCAGGCGCGGCGGCGGGCGGAGCUGCGGGCGCUGGCCCUGGGCCAGGGCGACUUCCAGCUGCGGGACCAGGAGGGGCGGCCGCGGUGCAAAGCCGACUUCCGCGGGCAGUGGGUGCUGCUCUACUUCGGCUUCACCCACUGCCCCGACGUCUGCCCCGAGGAGCUGGGCAAGCUGAGCCACGCUGUGGAGCUGCUGGAGCAGGAGCCCGGCCUUCCUCCCCUCCAGCCCCUCUUCAUCACCGUGGACCCUGAGCGGGAUGAUGCGGCGGCCAUGGGGCGCUACCUGCGCGACUUCCACCCGCGGCUGCUGGGGCUGACGGGCACCCCCGAGGAGGUGCGGGCGGCCGGCAGCGCCUACCGCGUCUACGCCAGCGCGGGGCCGCGGGAUGAGGACGGGGACUACAUCGUGGACCACACCAUCCUCAUCUACCUGCUGGGCCCCGACGGGCUCUUCCUUGACUGCUACGGCCGCAGCAAGAGCGCCCAGGACAUCGCCCGCAGCGUGCGCCGCCACAUGGACACCUACGAGCCCCUGCCCGACGACGACGAACAAAGGAAAUAAAGGCAACCGCACCCCGAAAAUGCCUCCUGUGCGCCGG